UAAGCCCAUUAAUUUCAGAGGCAUUUAAAUAUUUACGAGACAAACGACGAAAAGUCAGUGACUUAAUACCAGAAACCUCUCGGUCGGAUGCGCCUCAUAAUGAUGCAACUGUCGCAGGUGCAAAGCACUUCCAUGUGUCUCCGUGGUCCCAAGUCGCGAUUUCGAUACAUUGGAAGACACAUAGUACAUAAACAUAUAUUUAUGUAUAGUUUUAACUGCAUGGCUGCUCAAUUUAUCCACCCACAAAGCGUGAUCGCGACUUUACGUUGACUGCGAUAAUUUUGUUAAAUAAUUGAGUCUGCAAUGAAAAUUGCGCAUUACAGCGGCAUAAAUACUAUGAUGCUUUUACUCCACGGGGAUUACAUUGUGCGUGUGUGCACACUCAUAAGUGCCUCUAUGGUUACAAACACCUGUUCAGUCGUCUUGCUAGAAUGGGUUUCUUUCCUCACUUUUCCCAAAUACUCGCAUAAACGGCAUUCAAAUCUGCACACUGCCUGACAUUUUGUAAUUUGACAAAUUGCUUGAAUUUUUGGGCAACUCCUAUAAAUAGUGGAGUUACUGCCGCUCGAAAAGUUAGUUUGAAGCAAAGCGAACACACCGUUGGAUCCCCUGCACACAACGCCAUAAAGGACUAUUUAAUAACUUACAAGCCCAAAGGAUAAUACAAUCAAAACAGGAUGAAAUUGAAUUGCCUUGUUGUCUUGCAAUUGCUUGGAAUUAUGCUGUUGCUAAGCUAUGUUACUGCGAUUCCCAAAUACGAGGACAGUCAUAAAUUCUAUGCCGAAAAAACGCAGAGAGAUCGGUCAUAUUAUAAUGAAAACAAAACACAACCAAGUGAACCGCAAACAGCUUCCACAAAAGACAGGCUGGAAAGAUUGGGAUACACCACGGGUUAUGGAUCUCUAAAUGGUUAUCCUGGUGGAACUGGAUUGUCGGCUUACAAUCCCAUAAAACUAGAUUUGGGAGGUGUGGUUUUGGGAACUCUAGUGGGUAUUGGCGCCAUCAUCUUAAUCCCCAAGAUUUUAUCAGCAUUCCAUGGCGGUUAUGGUGGCUACGGUCGAAGUGAGGACAAUGACCUGACGCCUCUCAGUAGCAUGAUAAACAAAAUCGACGAUGUCCUGGGACAAAAUAACAUAGACUCUACGAGUUGCAUGCAACGUGCAGUCUGUGGAUACGUUCGCUCCACGGAAUACAACAUGAAAAUAGGCUCCUCAGAUCAAAUGGAUGAAUUUAUUCAUAUGCUCUCCGAAAACUCCCUCGUCGAUUAUCUGCUAGAUGGAACGGCAAUAAAAGAGGCCCUCGAGCAUGGAAAACGUUCUGGAGACCGACCUUGCGAGGAAGUCUACUCCAAUUGUCCUUUAGACAGCAAAUCAGCCACUGAUAUUAUUAUGAAACUAAUGCCCAAGAAAAACACCCAGGGAAAGGGAAAAUCGUCAGCCAUUUCUCGCGAUAAAAAAGCAUAGGCUUAUUCGUUUGUUAAUAUCUUAAAUACAAAUUUUUUCCUAUCAUUAACUAAUCUAUCCGACCCAAAAUAUUUUACAAAUUUAAAUAAACAGAAUUGUGUU